CACACCUACUUUACCAAUAAGUAAACUAAAAGAUCUCUUCUUUACCUUCAUUUUCAUUCCAUUCCAUUCCUCUCUUCCCCUCCCCCCCCCCCCCCCCCCCACCAAAAAAAAAAAGAAAAAAUGUCUGCCAAAAGGAACCAAACCAGUAGUAGUGGUAGCCCAAUUGGAAGCCCAUUAUCACCUGAUAGCUCUUCCAAAGAGCAUGACAGGUUUCUCCCAAUAGCCAAUGUUAGCAGAAUCAUGAAGAAGUCACUCCCUGCCAAUGCCAAGAUCUCAAAAGAAGCCAAAGAAACUGUCCAAGAAUGUGUCUCUGAGUUCAUAAGCUUCAUAACUGGUGAAGCCUCAGACAAGUGCCAAAGAGAGAAAAGGAAGACAAUUAAUGGAGAUGACCUCUUGUGGGCCAUGACAACUCUGGGGUUUGAGAACUAUGUUGGACCCCUUAAAGUUUAUCUCAACAAGUAUAGAGAAGUUGAAGAAGAGAAGAACUCCAUGGCCAUGGUUAGGCAAGAAGAGCUCUCCCCUACUCACACUACUACUACCUCCAAUCAUGAAAUGGUCCAUGGUAGUAGCAGUAGUAGGGUUGCUUAUAACUCUUUUCCAAAUAAGGUUGAUUUUCAGGAUUUCAGUGUUGGUGGGUUUUACUCAAUUGGUGGUCCCAAGAACUCUAAUGGAGAGAUUAGUGGAAUGGUUAAUAUUGGGUAUGGAGAUAACUAUAUGAGUGGGAUUCAUGAGACUGGUGGUGGUGGUCAUGGGAAUCCAAACAGGGCUGUGGUGGCUGCUCAGCUUCAUCAUGGGAAUAUUGGAUGGUAGAGAUUUCAUCAUCAUGAGUUUUACUUAGCUCUGAUGAUCUGAUCAUAUUUACAUUAAGUUUGAUUGUUUGUUUUUGAAGUUUCUUCCAUUGACAUGAUAUAUGUACUACAACAUAUGAUCAAAAGGUAUAAUAUUACAAGUACUAUUACAAUAUUUUAGCAGACAGUUUAUGUAUAAUUCUAUUCAAAGAAAUAUUUUCUCUUAAUUCUCAUAAGUUGGCAUGACUGGAGUGAGUUUUUUUUUUGGGAAGAUUUUUGUAACAUUUGUUUUGAAAAAGAAUAAAAAAAAAAGACUUAAAACAGUUCCUUUAUUACCAAAAUAAUAAUAGAUUGGAAAGGAAAAAAAAUCAGCUAUGAGAUUUGUAUUUUCCUGUUUUGGCUUGGCUUGAAGAUUUGGAACAGCAAUGAGUUUGCAGGCCAUCUGGGCAGGUCAAAGUCAACCCAAUUGAGAUAGGCACUGGCAUUGGCAUGGCAUAUUUGGUUCUUAAUUUUAUUAAUAAUUUAGCUGCCGCUUUUUUUAUUUUA